AGAGCACACGGUCUACGCAUACUACAAUUAAAUACAGAACCAACCAAAUUUACUAGUCUAAAAAGUCCUACACAAAAUCCAGCAACCACCUCCCAUUACCUAAUAAACUAGAAUUCUAAAUCGAAACUGCUGAAAACGUUUGAUUGGGAGAGAUUAGGAUUUAAAUAGCGCAUUGGAAAUAACAAGAAUAGAGAGUGUGAUCGGAGAAAUGAGACCCAAGAUUUAUCUGUUCGGCGACUCAAUCACCGAAGGCUCCUUCUCCAACGGCGGAUGGGGUGCUUCCCUCGCACAUCACUUCGCUCGCAAGGCGGAUGUGGCGUUGAGAGGCUAUAGCGGUUACAACACCAGAUGGGCUCUCAAGGUCAUUAACAAACUGUUUCCGGCGGCCGGCGACGCUCCGCUGGCGGUGACGGUCUUCUUCGGCGCCAAUGAUGCCGCGCUACCGGACAGAGACAGCGGCUUUCAGCACGUGCCGCUUGAUGAGUACAAGCAGAAUCUUCUCGCCAUUGUUGCUUAUUUCAAGAAGCAAUGGCCGUCCACUCGCAUCAUCCUCAUCACACCUCCUCCAGUCGAUGACAAUGCACGUCUCAUGUACCCGUUUGUUGAGAAACCUCUUGGGCUUCCGGAGAGGACAAAUGAGGCUGCUUGCCAAUACGCCAAACAGUGCCUCGACGUUGCAGCUGAAUGUGGGCUCCCAGCUAUCCCUCUCUGCGAAAAAAUGCAGCAACUUCCUGACUGGAAGUCUCUUUUGAGUGAUGGCCUGCACCUCAGUCAGAAAGGCAAUAAGUUUGUAUUCGAAGAAGUGAUUAGUCUUCUAGCUAAAGAAAAAAUAAGUCUCGAGACGCUACCAGCAGAUCUCCCACUCAUCUCUGAGAUCGACCCUAACGAUCCGCUCAAGUCGUUUGCGAACUAAAUGGAAGAGGACGACCUUUUGCGCAAGCUUUCAGUUCACUACAAUAAUAUAUCUCUAUACCAAAACUAAACCAAGACCAUUAUCCUGGAUCCAAAAUCUUAUAUAUAUGUGUUGCUCUUGUCUUCUUCUAUUUAAGUUGCUACUUAUCACAAGUUCUAUAUAUGGUGUACGUUGAACGUUA